AUGGGAGCUAACAAGGAAAAGAAGGUCGAAUAUUUCUCCAAGCUCAAGCAGCUGCUUGAGGAGUACAAGUCUGUGUUCAUUGUUGGUGUUGACAACGUCUCUUCCCAGCAAAUGCACGAGAUUAGAAAGGCUCUCAGAAAAGAUGCCGUCGUUCUUAUGGGUAAGAACACCAUGGUGAGAAGAGCCCUGAGAGGAUUCAUUGCCGAGAACCCAGACUACGAAAAGCUGAUGCCUUUCGUCAGAGGUAACGUCGGAUUUGUCUUCACCAACUCUGAUCUGAAGACCAUCAGAAACGUCAUCUUGGAGAACAAGGUUGCUGCUCCAGCCAGAGCCGGUGCCAUUGCACCAGGCGAUGUGUAUGUUCCUGCCGGUAACACGGGUAUGGAGCCAGGUAAGACCUCCUUCUUCCAGGCUUUGGGUGUUCCAACCAAGAUUGCCAGAGGUACCAUUGAGAUUACCACUGACGUUAAGAUCUUGACCAAAGACCAGAAGGUCGGACCUUCCGAGGCCACUCUCUUGAACAUGCUGAACAUCUCGCCUUUCACGUACGGUUUGACUGUUGUGCAAGUCUACGACAAUGGCCAGGUGUUCCCAUCGUCCAUUCUGGACAUCACCGAUGAGGAGUUGGUUGGCCACUUUGUCUCAGCCAUCUCCACCAUCACCCAAAUCUCGCUGGCUGCUGGCUACCCAACCAUCCCAGCUGUGUCCCACCAGAUCAUCAACAACUACAAGAACAUCCUUGCUCUUUCCGUUGCUACUGAUUACACCUUCGAGGGAUCUGAGGCUAUCAAGGACAGAAUUGCCAACCCAGAUGCUUACGCUGCUGCUGCUCCUGCCGCUGCUGCUUCCUCUGCUCCAGCCGAGGAGGCCACUGCUGCCGCUGCUGAGGAAGAGGAGGAGUCUGACGACGACAUGGGAUUCGACUUCAGACCAGUGUCAUUUAUCUCCGUCUACCCCAACAUGCUACCAAUUGUCCAGAGAAGACUCCAGUCCACAGUGGCGACUCCCGUCAAGAGAUCCAACACCUCGCUUAGAGGCGUGCUGCUAGGCUUCUUUGCCGGCGUGUCCAUAACCGGAUUCGGUGCAUACUACUAUCUGCUCGACGAGUACAAGUCCUCGUCCAACGCUGUCGUUUCCGACGUCCUACUUCUCCAGAAAAGCAUCAGAAAGCUCGAGAGCCACGUGCGUACGCUCGAGGACAACCUGGCCAAGAAAUAGCUUACCCACUUUGCUCCCUAACUUCUUCUUAUGUAUACAUAUGAGAUCACUGAAUUCACUGAAUAACAUUCCG